AUGUUCUACCGUCUGGAAGAUGGCGCAAGAGUCUACACACUGGAUGAGAACGGAACCAUCAGCGCGCAUCCUGCAAAGUUCACAGUUGAGGACAGGUUCUCGAAGGAAAGAAUAGCGAUCAAAAGGAGAUUCGCGAUUCCCCCAUUCAACAACCUAUAG